UAGGAAUGAGACUGGCUUCAUUUAAGGUGAAUUGUAAGACUGGUACAAAAUGGCUGGUUCUUCAGACGGAGAAGUACGAACGGGUAGAGAUCAACAAGUACCGUUUGAGGCAACAGAGAUUACGGAUGAAGACAGAGCAGUUCUCAGAGAUUGUGCAAGAAACAGUAUUUGGUUCAGAGGUAUUCCUCUCGGUAUUGUAUCAACUUUUGGUCUAAGGGAAUUGCUAAUAAGAACAGGUUAUGUAACCAAGCUGAAAAAUUUCAAAGGGUUGGUGUACACUGGUAAGAUACAAUGUAAAGCAUUAGAAAAGCUUCAUUUAUCAAGUGAAGAUGAUCAUAAAGCACCAAAGCUCUAUUUUGAUGUUGAUGAAGCAAAGGAGAAGAAAUAUGCAACUUAUGAAGAUUUGAGAAAGAAACACCGUGAAAGAUGGAAUCCUCCUAGCCUUUCUUCAUCGAGUCAGACCAGGAAGGAGCAGAUCAGACAGAAAUCACGAGAAGCUGAGCCAGAUAGCAAGACAAGUUCAAGUGAUGUCUUCACGCCAUGGUUUGACCAAGAAGGCAGCGAUAAUGACCGCAGCAGCCAGGAAGCUGGCCAGAGGACGAGUAAUCAGCGGGAGAGGCCUUCAUUUAGACAAGGGCCAACACCCAGGAAGAACAAAUAUGGUGAUCUAAUCGAAUGAAUCGCUGGAGGAAAGAAUCCUUUUUCGCGUCACUUUUCCUCCAUUUCCGUUUGUUGAAAUAUUUUAAAAGAGACUUCCUCGUAACUAACAUGUAUGCUAAGUGAUUGUUAAUAAAGAAUAUUGUAUCUUGG